AUGAAUUUGGAUAAGAGCUGGACUAAAAUCACUAAUAAAGUAGAUCCAAAGUUUACAAGAGGAGCCAUAGCUUUUUCAAAAUGGGCUGAAAGAUAUGCUGAUACUGAAGGUCGGAUACAUUGUCCAUGUAGAAAUUGUGUGAAUGCAAGAAGACAUGUUCCUGAUGUUGUUGCUGAUCAUAUCAUACAAUAUGGUUUUGAACCAACAUAUAAUGUAUGGAUAUAUCAUGGUGAACAUCUGCCAGGUUAUGAAACAGACAAAGACGAAACAAAUAGUGAGUUUGAAGAAAGUGAUAACGACUCAAAUGACGGUGUUGGUGAGUUACUUGAUGAUGCUUUUCCUACGGGUGGCAAUACCGAAGCCGGAAACUUUAGGGACGGUGUUGAUCAGCGUAAUAACCCAAAUGUGGAGAAGUUAUUUGUCGAUAUGAUGAAGCCUUUAUACCCAGGGUGUGAUGAGUUUUCUGUACUAGGCUUUUUAUUGGAGUUGAUGAAUGUCAAGGUAACAUGUAAAAUGACAAAUGUGUCAAUGGAUAUGAUUCUGAAUUUACUUAGUCGGGCUUUCAAGGACGCAAACUUGCCGAAGAACCAUUAUGAAGCGAAAAAGUAUUUACGUACUCUUGGACUUGGAUACGAAUCUAUCCAUGCGUGUAAAUAUGAUUGUGCAUUAUUUUGGAAAGAAAAUGCAAAUUUACAAACUUGUCCUGUGUGUAGCACUAGUCGUUGUGAAGAAAAUAGUAAAGGGAGGAAGAAGCCGGUAAAAGUCUUGCAUUACUUUCCCAUCACAAGUAGACUUAAGCGUUUAUAUGCCUCGAGACACACUGCUAAGGAAAUGUUAUGGCACGAUCAAUACAGAACCAAAGAGGAGGGGGUUCUUAGGCAUCCGGCUGACGGAAAGGCAUGGGAACACUUUGAUACAACGUUUCCUAAUUUUGCAAAUGAUCCUAGAAAUGUUCGCCUUGGGCUUGCAAGUGAUGGUGUCAAUCCUUUCGGUGCAAAGAGUCUUUCAUAUAGUAUGUGGCCUGUUGUGCUCAUACCAUACAAUAUGCCUCCUUGGAAGUCUAUGGUCGAUGCUUCAUUUAUGUUAGCAUUGUUGAUUCCUGGAAAAGAUUCACCAGGAAAGGAUAUUGAUGUAUUUUUACGUCCGCUUAUAGAUGAGUUGAAACUUCUGUGGGAUACGGGUGUUGAAACAUAUGAUUGCGAAUCAAAACAGACAUUCAACAUGCGUGCUGCACUUCUGUGGACAAUUAAUGAUUUUCCUGCGUAUGGUUACCUGUCCGGAUGGAGCACGAGUGGAUACAAGGCAUGCCCAAUAUGCAAUGAAGAUGCAAGUAGUAUAUAUAUACGAGAUAAAAUAGCAUUUGUAGGCCAUAGGAGAUUUCUCCCACACGAUCACUCUUGGAGGAAAGCACGAGAUUUCAAUGGACAAAAAGAGACUAGGCUUGCACCUAAACCUGUCAAUGGAGAUGAUUGCUUACGUCAGUUAGAACAUCUUACUAUACAUCAGCAUGGAAAACAUAAGGCUCAUGGAGCUAAAAAAAGAAAACAGAACCCACACGAUUUAAACUGGUCAAAGAGAAGCAUCUUCUUCGAACUCCCAUAUUGGCCUAAGUUGUUGAUUCGUCAUAACAUUGACGUGAUGCAUGUUGAAAAAAAUGUGUGUGAGAACGUGUUAGGAACCCUCUUAAACAUAGAAGGAAAGACGAAAGACACUGACAAAGCCCGGCUAGAUUUGGAAGAUAUGAACAUACGUAAAGAGCUUCACUUGGUGAGGAAGAAUGAUCAUUGGGUUAAACCACAUGCUUCGUACGUUUUAACUCGCGAUGAGAGAAAACAAUUUUGCAAUUUACUUAGCUCAGUGCGUUUUCCAGAUGGGUAUGCUGGAAAUUUAGCUAAAAAUGUAAAUGUUGAGGACGGUAAGGUAUAUGGGCUUAAAUCACAUGAUUGUCACGUCUUGAUACAACGCAUCAUUCCUAUUGCAAUUCGUCCCUUUAUGACAAAACAAAUUCACGAUGCGAUAGUGGAGCUGUCUCAAUUUUUCAGGAAACUUACUGAAGUCACAUUACACGUCACAGAGUUGGAAGCGUUACAAGAAAACAUAGUCAAGAUUCUGUGCAAGCUUGAACAAAUAUUUCCCCCGUCAUUUUUUACGGUUAUGAUGCAUUUGUGUGUACAUCUUCCUUAA